AUAAAAAAUAGUCACCGCAAAUCCCGGCGGGAUUAAUUUUCCCUUCGACCUACCAGCUCAGCCGGCCGAGCCGAAUAAACCCCCUUCUUCUUUCCCUUCGCUCUUCUCCACCCGCAUUCCUCUUCCUCUCCACCUCGACCCAUCCCACACCACCGUCUCCAUAAUUAUCUAUCCCAGCUCCUUCACUCAUCUUCGCUAGGAGGGAGAGAGGCUAGGAGCAGAUCGAUCCGGGCAUCCGGCAGUCCAGGCUCGUGCUCCUCUUGGACGCCAGGCUCCUGAGUCCACUUCGCCAUUGCCUUCUCUUUGUUUCUGAGAUUGGGUUGGGGUGGGGAGGGGAGGGGGGAUGAAGGGGAUGGGCGGGCAGAAGGUGCUGCUGGUGCACUCGUCGUCGAACAAGCCGUCAUCCGGCGGUGCGGGGUCGGCGGGGAUGGGGCGGCGCCGGGUCUGCCUCGUCCUGUUCCUCGCCUGCUUCGCGUGCGUCUCCCUGGCCUCCCUGCUCUCCUCCGCGCGGGACACAUCCUCCGUCGGCAGCGGCGGCGGCGGGGCGCGGCGGAGGGCGUCUUCGGCGGGCCGGCUCGCGGUGUCGGCGGCCGGAGGAGGGAGAGGACGAAGCGGCGGCGCGGCGGCGGCGGCGGCAGAGGGGGGUGACGCAACGGGGCCUGGGCUCCCGGAGUACGUGUUCGACGCGCUGGCGCAGUACGCAGCGGCGGCGGGGAACUCGUCAGGGGGCAGCAUGCCGGGCGGCGACGUGCGCGCCAUCGCGGCCGCGCUGAAGCGGCGCGCGCCGUGCAACCUGCUGGUGUUCGGGCUCGGCGGCGAGACCCCGCUGUGGCGCGCGCUCAACCACGGCGGCCGCACCGUGUUCCUGGACGAGAACCAGUACUACGUGUCCCACCUGGAAGGGCGGCACCCGGGGCUGGAGGCCUACGACGUCGCCUACACCACCACCGUCCGCGAGUUCCCGGACCUCCUCGAGGCCGCCCGCGCCGCCAGGGCCGCCGAGUGCCGCCCCGUCCAGAACCUCCUCUUCUCCGACUGCCGCCUCGCCAUCAACGACCUCCCCAACCACCUCUACGACGUCGCCUGGGACGUCAUCCUCGUCGACGGCCCACGCGGGUACACGGCGUCGUCGCCGGGGAGGAUGGCGGCGAUAUUCACGGCGGGGGUGCUGGCGCGGGGGAGGAAGGAGGAGGGCGCGACAACGGACGUGCUGGUGCACGACUACGAGCGGGAGGUGGAGAGGGCGUGCUCCAGGGAGUUCCUCUGCGAGGAGAACCGCGUGCCGGAGACCAGCACGCGCUCGCUCGCCCACUUCGUCGUGCGCGGUGGCAGCGCCGUUCGCCGGGAAGCCUUCUGCGGCGGCGGCGGCGCUACCGCCGCGGCGCAGUAGAUUUUUUUCUCUUCUUUUCAGCAGCAAACCUAUUAAUUUACUGCUACAACAGUAGUACGACCUCUUCUCUCUCUCCUUCUGAUACCCAAUGAUGUUGUCGGCGUGUGGCGAAAAAAGGAGUGAAAGGUGAAAACCUCAAGCCUGUAAAAAAAAAUCGGCGAGAGGAAUUGUGCUCCAGCUCCAGUCAUGGCGUUCGUUUUUCUUCUUUUUUUGCGUCAUGAUCAUUCACGUUUUCCGUAGAACUCCAUGGAAGAGUGGGUAUCAGUCAGACGUUAUACUAAAUCAGAAGAGAGAAGUUCUGAAAACAAAAUAAAACUAGUUCUGCAUGUAGGAGCUAGGCGGUGUUAACAUCUUGUAGCAGCGUUUUAUUGUUUGCAUUGAUGACACGAUGGUGAGUAUAGCACG